AUCUGAAGAGCAGAAAGGACACAUUCACUGAGGAGACGGUCAGAGCGAGUGACUAGAGCACUAGAGCCGUGCUGCACACCCCACUGACAAUACCUGAAGACUGCCUUAUCCUGGUGAAAGCCAAGGAACAAAGAUGGAGUUGGUACCUAUCUGCAUUAAACAGGAGAUGCCUGAACUGCAGCCUGUCCACAUGAAAGAAGAGACUGAACUGGAGCCUGUCCACAUGAAAGAAGAGACUGAACUGGAGCCUGUCCACAUGAAAGAAGAGACUGAACUGGAGUCUGUCCACAUUAAAGAAGAGACUGAACUGGGGCCUGUCCACAUUAAAGAAGAGACUGAACUGGAGCCUGUCCACAUUAAAGAAGAGACUGAACUGGAGCCUGUCCACAUUAAAGAAGAAGAGACUGAACUGGAGCCUGUCCACAUUAAAGAAGAAGAGACUGAACUGGAGCCUGUCCACAUUAAAGAGGAAGAGACUGAACUGGAGCCUGUCCACAUUAAAGAAGAGACUGAACUGGAGCCUGUGCACAUGAAAGAGGAGACUGAACUGGAGCCUGUCCACAUUAAAGAAGAAGAGACUGAACUGGAGCCUGUCCACAUUAAAGAGGAAGAGGCUGAACUGGAGCCUGUCCACAUUAAAGAGGAGACUGAACUGGAGCCUGUCCACAUUAAAGAAGAGGCUGAACUGGAGCCUGUCCACAUUAAAGAAGAGACUGAACUGGAGCCUGUCCACAUUAAAGAAGAGACUGAACUGGAGCCUGUCCACAUUGAAGGGGAAUCUGUUGACUUGUUUAAGGAUACAGAAAAUAUAUCCUGGCCAAAGAUAUUACAUCAGUGUAAUAAAUGUGGGCAGAGCUUCAGCAAGCCAGGAAGCCUAAAAACACACCAGCAGAGUCACACUGGAGAGAAGCCGCACCACUGUACUGAAUGUGGAAAGAGCUUCCGUGAGUUAGCAGUCCUAAAAAGACACCAGCGACUUCACACUGGAGAGAAGCCGUAUCAAUGUACUGUAUGUGGGAAGUGCUUCAAUGCGUCAGGAAGCCUAAAAAGACACCAGCGACUUCACACUGGAGAGAAGCCAUAUCAAUGUACUGAAUGUGGGAAAAGCUUCACUGAGAAAGGAAAACUAAACAAACACCAGCGAAUUCACACUGGAGAGAAGCCGUAUCAAUGUACUGAAUGUGGGAAGAGCUUUAGUGCGUCAGGAAACCUAAAAAAACACCAGCGAAUUCACACUGGAGAGAAGCCGUAUCAAUGUACUGAAUGUGGAAAGCGCUUCACUGACAAAGGAACUCGAAACAAACACCAGCUAAUUCACACUGGAGAGAAGCUGUAUCAGUGUAUUGAAUGUGGGAAGAGUUUCACGGAGUCAGGAAGCCUAAAAAGACACCAUCGAUUUCACACUAGAGAGAAGCCGUAUCAAUGUACUGAAUGUGGAAAGCGCUUCACUGAGAAAGGAACACUAAACAAACACCAGCGAAUUCACACUGGAGAGAAGCCGUAUCAAUGUACUGAAUGUGGGAAGUGCUUCAAUGCGUCAGGAAACCUAAAAACACACCAGCGACUUCACACUAGAGAGAAGCCGUAUCAAUGUACUGAAUGUGGAAAGCGCUUCAUUGACAAAGGAACACUAAACAAACACCAGCGAAUUCACACUGGAGAGAAGCCGUAUCAAUGUACUGAAUGUGGGAAGUGCUUCAAUGCGUCAGGAAACCUAAAAACACACCAGCGACUUCACACUAGAGAGAAGCCAUAUCAAUGUAUUGAAUGUGGAGAGAGCUUCACUAACAAAGGAAAACUAGAAAAACAUCAGAGAAUUCACACCGGAGAGAAGCCACACCACUGUACUGACUGUGGGAAGAGCUUCAAUGUGUCAGGAAAACUAAAAAUACACCAGCGCAUUCACACUGGAGAGAAGCCAUAUCAAUGUAUUGAAUGUGGAAAGAGCUUCACUGACAAAGGAAAAUUAAAAAAACACCAGCGAAUUCACACUGGAGAGAAGCCGUAUCACUGUGUUGAAUGUGGAGAGAGCUUCAGUGAGUCAGGAAACCUAAAUAAACACCAGCGCAGUCACACUGGAGAGAAGCCGUAUCACUGUGUUGAAUGUGGGGAGAGCUUUAGGCAGUCAGGAACACUAAAAACACACCAGCGCAGUCACACUGGAGAGAAGCCGUAUCAUUGUGUUGAAUGUGGGGAGAGCUUUAGGCAGUCAGGAACACUAAAUAAACACCAGCGCAGUCACACUGGAGAGAAGCCGUAUCACUGUGUUGAAUGUGGGGAGAGCUUUAGGCAGUCAGGAACACUAAAAACACACCAGCGCAGUCACACUGGAGAGAAGCCGUAUCAUUGUGUUGAAUGUGGGGAGAGCUUUAGGCAGUCAGGAACACUAAAAACACACCAGCGCAGUCACACUGGAGAGAAGCCGUAUCACUGUGUUGAAUGUGGGGAGAGCUUUAGGCAGUCAGGAACACUAAAAACACACCAGCGCAGUCACACUGGAGAGAAGCCGUAUCAUUGUGUUGAAUGUGGGGAGAGCUUUAGGCAGUCAGGAACACUAAAAACACACCAGCGCAGUCACACUGGAGAGAAGCCGUAUCACUGUGUUGAAUGUGGGGAGAGCUUUAGGCAGUCAGGAACACUAAAAGAACACCAGCGCAGUCACACUGGAGAGAAGCCGUAUCAUUGUGUUGAAUGUGGGGAGAGCUUUAGGCAGUCAGGAACACUAAAAACACACCAGCGCAGUCACACUGGAGAGAAGCCGUAUCAUUGUGUUGAAUGUGGGGAGAGCUUUAGGCAGUCAGGAACACUAAAAACACACCAGCGCAGUCACACUGGAGAGAAGCCGUAUCAUUGUGUUGAAUGUGGGGAGAGCUUUAGGCAGUCAGGAACACUAAAAACACACCAGCGCAGUCACACUGGAGAGAAGCCGUAUCACUGUGUUGAAUGUGGGGAGAGCUUUAGGCAGUCAGGAACACUAAAAACACACCAGCGAAUUCACACUGGAUCCAGCCUCCCUCCUCUCCCAGUCCCUCGCCUCUCCACCCUGCUUGCUUGAGUGUGUGGAGAGCUGUCUGAUUCCUUGUCUCUCUCUCUCACCCUGCAGUAAAUGAAGGGGGUCCCCAGGAGUGAGCCAGCCUGAAUCCAGAGACACUGAGAAGGGGAGCAUGUCAAACUGAAGGAGACAGACCCAUUCUUUCAGAAUGAACUGCAUUGGAAAUUAAUCUCACUUAUCAUGCUGUGAGGAUUUAUGCCAAGCUUGUUUCUGUGAACACAUUAAACAACGUUGCCGAUUAACACAUCAUAUUUUUAAAAUACCAUUACUGUACCAGUGUCGGUGAGAAAAGAAGUAAAUUAUUUAAAAGAAUCUAAAACUAAAACUCUCUUCAUGGGUGUGGCAGCAGUGUGCCCUUCAUAUUACUAGAAUGGCCUGUAAGCUAUUGCACCAGUGCAAGCACAAGCUGAAACAACCUUUUUUUCUUUUUUUUUUAUUUCACGUGGUGCAAACUUUGCACUGGAGCAAGUGCUGUUUUGGGUUUGAAUGAACUUGACUGCUUUGAGUGUUUAAAGGGCACAUACAGACCUUUUAUUUUAUUGUGUUACAUGUUCCCAUGUGUUUACGUAAGGUGUUUAUUGUUUUCAUUUUUUUAUACAUUUUGACCACUUUUUUAAACUUUUAAAUUGCAUUCCCUGCCUCAAGAUGGCUUCCCAUGUACCUACAUGGACCUCUCAGAACUACAUUUCCCAUCAUCCUCCUCCUGCUCACAUAUGUAACUGAGAUGAAUUUACCAGUGAGCAGGAGGAUGAUGGGAAAUGUAGUUCUGAGAGGUCCUUGAGGCAGUGAAUGCAAUUUAAAAGUUUAAAAAAGUGGUCAAAAUAUAAAAAUAAAACAACAAAUUAAACAAUACGUACACCUUCUGUAAGCAGUUGUAGACACAUGGGAACAUGCGACACAAUCAAAUAAAAAGGUCCUUAUGCACCCUUUAAGUACUGAGAACCUCCAAGCUUGUUGUAUACUGGAGCCCUGCUUCAAUGCAGUGGGAUUGAAAUACAAUUCCUAUCAUUUUUAUUGUGUAAAUUGCUGUGUGUGCAAUUAUGACAGACCCACAAUAUCAGAGCUGUAUAAAUAUACUGUAAAGCAUGAAAGGUUUGCAAGUAAAAGAGUCAUAAAAGUUGCAUUUACUCAAAUCUGCAAUACAUACAUGCUACAACAUUACCAUCAUUACUAC